AUUUAAAUCCACUGCUGACUGCACAACUCUCUGGUGGAGACAGAGAAAAUCAGCUCUACAAACCCUCAGCAAACAGGAGCCACCAGAAUGCCAAACCUGGGAGGAGGAAACAAAUGUGGCGUCUGCCAGAAAAAUGUUUACUUUGCUGAGGAGAUGCAGUGUGAUGGGAAGAGCUAUCACAAGUCAUGUUUCCUCUGCAUGGUCUGUAAGAAAAACCUUGACAGCACCACAAUUGCCGUUCACCAAGAUGAGAUUUACUGCAAAAGUUGCUAUGGUAAGAAAUAUGCAACCAAAGGCUACGGUUAUGGCCAAGGUGCGGGUACUCUGAGUACGGACAGCGGAGAAAAACUGGGAAUCAAAUCUGAAGGGCCUGUGACUCAUUAUCCAACCAACAACCCCAAUUCAUCCCGGUUUGCUCAGAAAUUUGGUGGCUCUGAGCGUUGCCCUAGAUGUGACAAGGCGGUUUAUGCUGCUGAGAAAGUGAUUGGAGCUGGCAAGUCCUGGCACAAGUUGUGCUUCCGCUGUGCCAAGUGCGCGAAAGGUCUGGAGUCCACAACGCUGGCUGACAAGGAUGGAGAGAUCUAUUGCAAAGGUUGCUACUCUAAGAAUUUCGGACCGAAAGGCUUUGGGUAUGGCGGAGGCGCUGGGGCACUUACUAACACUUAAUGAAGACCGGGGACAUUUUGACUCAGAAGAAAGUCGAUGUCAUUCUAGGUCACAGUUGCCUCACUCUCUGCUGAACUGUACACUUUCCUCUUUUAAUGUUAGUUCAUUAUAUAUGCGUUCAGAUACAACACUAUGUUUCACUGAUAACUGAGGCACCUUUUACUGCUUUUUAAGGCAUAAUUUUCCUUCUGAGCCCACAAAAUAUACAGUCAAUCCAUUCACAGUAUAUUCUGUGAAGCGCUUUGAGACAUUUUGAAGACAUGAUAAGGCGCUAUAUCAAAUGCAAGGAUUAUGAUUAUUAUUCUCUUGCUUUGGUGAACUGAUAGAUUUAAUAUAGUUACCAUUUGGUGGAUUAUGGUGAUAUUAAACACAAAGUGAAUGGGGCUUUUUAUUGUAUUUUUCAGUGUAUUAAAUAAACUUGUGCUAACACUUCACACAGCUCGGCACUUAAGAGAACUGUAUGUCACAUCACUUGAACGUUUACAAUAAAGAUUAAAUUGCGGC